AUGUACAAUAUAUUAGAGAAACGGUGGCCAUCGGUAAAAUACUUUGAUUUAUACGGCGAGACAUUUGGUUACGAGAAGUACGUAAAGUUUCGCCACGAAGUGAUCGCUUUGGAGCCGAACGCCGACUACGAGAGCACCGGGCGGUGGAAACUGACCGCUCGGGACAACAACAACGGCGGCAAACUUACUGACUAUGUGUUUGACGGUGUGAUGGUCUGCACCGGACAUCACGUGCAGCCCAUGUCUCCCACAUUCAAAGACCAGCACCUAUUCAAUGGACAGGUAGUGCACACCCACUCAUACAAACGGCCCGAUCCGUACACUGACAAGAAGGUAGUAGUGGUGGGGAUCGGCAACUCUGGAGGGGACGCCGCCGUUGAACUGUCCACCGUUUCUGACAAGGUCUAUUUAUCAACCCGGACGGGCACUUGGAUAUCAUACCGCGUGGGCCCUAAUGGCAAACCAUUUGACAGUAGUUUCAUUAGGCGUUACAUAAACCUUGUCAUGUCGUUAGUGCCGUACUCUAUAGUCUGUGGGUUUAUGGAGUGGUACGUAAACAACCGGUUCGAUCACAGGGACUACCAGUUAAAGCCCAAACACCGGUUCCUAUCGCAACACAUUAUGGUCAACGACGCCCUCCCUAACCGUAUACUGUCCGGCACUGUCGCUGUUAAGGGCGAUAUCGACCGGUUCACCGCCAACGGCGUUAUUUUCAAAGGUGAAACCGAGGAAACCCCGUGCGAUGUUGUACUACUGGCCACCGGGUAUAGUGUGUCGUUCCCAUUCAUAUCCCAGGAUCUGAUACCCACCAAAAACAAUAAAGUAGAGCUGUAUAAGUACGUGUUCGCGCCCGAGUUGGCACAUCCCAAGACACUGGCCUUCAUAUCGCUGGCCCAACCCAUCGGCGCUCUGUUGCCCAUCGGGGAGAUGGAGAGCCGUUGGUUUGCCCAACUCAUGGCCGGCAAACAAUCGCUGCCCACCCGUCAGGCCAUGCGGGCCGACAUCGACGCCAAACGGCGGUUCAUGAAAAGGUUUUACGAGUCUGACAGACACACCAUUCAAGUGGAUUGGCUCGACUUCAUGGACGAGUUGGCCCAACAGGUGGGCGUUAAACCCCGACUGUUUAAAUACUUUUUCACUGACCCGGAGCUGUGGCGGGCGCUGGUGUUUGGCCCGUCACUGUCCUACCAGUACCGGCUCGAAGGUCCGCACUCGUGGUCCGGAGCCAGGGAUGCCAUACUGACUGUCGACGAGCGCAUAUCGUCCGCACUUAAGACCAAAUACCGGGACAGUCCUAAACGCCGGGGCCCUAAAAGCCUGGGCCAACUCACACGACUCAUUGGACUCAUUUGUUUUGUGAUUUUUGCAUAUCUAUUGAAUAUAAUCCUAUGAAUUAGUAAUUAAUUAUAAAUAAGGC